AUUGAUGGAAAAUAAUGAAUUUCAAUACUUUUCAUUCUCAUUUUAUUCUCUAGUGGAAAAAUGAAACAAAUGUUAUUGGCAUUUUUGUUGACUUUAGUUCUUAAUAACGUCUUGGUCAAAGAGGCAUUUGGUCAUGAUGGCGAUACUUAUGGGACAAUACUAGAAAAGUUCCACAAUAAAUCUGAAGAUGUCGAUUUUGAAAUGGAGUUGACGCCCAUUUUCUCGCUUUGUGACACUGAUGAUGCUUCUAACAUUGUUAAUGAAUUGGAUUCGUUAAUUUCAAUUGGCAAAAGAUGUCCCAUAUACACUAUAAAAAAUGAUGUUGAUUUAGGUACAUUUAUGAAAAACCGCUCAAAAAUGAUGAAAUUGUGUCAUUUCUUAAUACCACAUUUCACAUUUCACGCUUCACCUUUGGAGAGCCUUCCACACGAAAUUCAAGACAGGUAUGACACGUGGCAAUAUGAACCUCUGAAUAAAACCCAUGAAAAUAAAGUUCGAACUAAUCUACCGCGUUUGAAAAAAAUUCAUUGGAGCUAUGUUAACACCCUCACAAAUCAAGUACGUCUUCUGACUGGAGCAAAAGCAGAUUUUAUAAGUGCAACAGAGGCAAUGUAUGAUGGGUGGAUUAGGAAGUACUGCGGUCGUGCUAAGGUUAGAAAAUAUAAGGAGCUGGUAUGCAAUUGUUUGCAACCACAAAAUGAUACUUUGACAAUAUUAACCAAUCUCAAAAAUCUGUUUACCGACUACUACAAGCGUCGUAAUUUAUGGGCACUAUUCUUGAUGGAAAUUGAUACACAAAUCUAAUUUUGAAUGGCCAUAUUUACAUGAAUAUAUUUAUACUUAUAUAUUUUUCAUUUUAAAGUUCGCAAAUAAAUAAAAUCGUACACAGUUUUAGUUUGUGUAAAGAA